AUGCGGCCCUUUCCCCUCGUCCUGUUUGCCGCCACCGCUCUGGCUCAUCCCGCCUCUGAUGUUGUCAAAAAUCUCAACCUACCGGCGUCGUGUCCGACGCUCAAGACGGCCGCCAAGGUGGCCGAGUACAGGCAGUAUUUCGACUCGACCCUUUUGCCGCGGCUCCGUGAAUGCGUUCCUUCCCACGGACUCUACAAGCCCUUCCAAGGCAUCUCCGACCUCGGCUUCCAGUCGCGUUUCAAAAAGACAGAUUAUGGCUGCGCUCCCAUUGUUCAAAACUAUGGAUGCGGCCAUGGCUUUCACUGCCAAUACCAGAAAAAGUGCGUCCGGGAAUUGGACUGCGCGGGUCAAGAUGCAACCAAGUGCUUCAUGGAAAAGUGCGACGAGCACACGCGGGAGAUGCGGUGCGUCAUCAAGAAGAAGCCGCCGCCGGGGAUAGUGCACGAGAUCGACUACCUAGACAUCAUGGUUCAGAUUGGUCAAAUACCGGCCAUGGGAGCGCUUACCGUCGAGCUCAUGGUCGACGGGGUCUUCCACACCCUACCGCUAUUCAACGACCUCAAGGCCCGUGGGUCCGCUCACGUUACGCUUGACUUUCAGCAGCUGUUCGGCAGGAAGACGAUACCGCUCGAGUCCUUGGACGAUAUCCGUCUGGUGUUCAACGGUCAGCAGGACCUUACCUUUACCGCGCUCGCGUUUUGCAACCUGAAAUUCGAGGUUCAGAACGUCAGGAUCAUGGUUCGCGAAGUCGCCAGCGGUCUCUUCUUCCAAGCCAACCCCAUCUACGUCGAGCCCGACACGGGAAGGCCAAACUGGAAGGUCGCGGGCAGCUGCAGGGCAAAAGACGAGGCCAUCCUGGACACUGGAAUAUCUUUCUUCGACUUUGAGUCGAAAACGGCCGGCUUCAGCGAGUCAUCCGAGAUGAAGGAAUGCGAGGUACGUUGCCUCCUUGCCGUCCAGGAACUGGCGCGGAUGCCGGAUGGGGAGGGAUGCUGA